GAGAAACCUUUUUUCCCUUCUCCUUUUUAAGAGUGAAUUAUUCUAUUGAAUUCAUUAUUUAUUAUUUAGCAUGUCACAGCCUAUUCCAUCAGCACAACCUCCUGCAGCUAAAUGGAUACAGAAUGAUAAUGAUGAUAGUGACGUUGAUCAAGUUGAUUUAGUUCCUCAUAAUAGAGGCUAUAAAUUGAAGAGAUGGGCAGCAUCAGAUUCCCAAUUUGGAGGAAAUAAAUUACGUGCACCAAAAACAAUUGCUGAAGAAACAGAGUUUACAAAAGGAGAUAAAAAGCACACUAUUGUAAAAAGAAAACGUAGAAGAAUGGAAGAUGGAGUUUCUGAUGAUGAUGAAGAUCCGUAUACACUUAUUAAUAUUGAAGAUAUUUUAAGUCCUAUCGAGGUCCCAACCGAUAUUGUACGUAGACCAGCAUUAAGAAGAAUUUUAUUAUCUAAUCAAAUCGAUGCACUUGCAAAGACAUCCAUGGAAUUUAUUGAAAAUGAGAAGAAUUUUAAUAAAAUUUUAUGUCGUUUAUCAGCUAUUAUGCAUCAAGAUGAUCCACGUUAUCUUGACUUGACAUUUGAACGUACAGCAGAACAACGCCGAAAAUAUAAAGAAGAUAUGGAAGCUGCUAAAGCUGCAGCAACAACAUUAAGCUCUGCUGCUGGUAGUACUACUAAUGUGAAUAAAGUGAAACAAGAAUCAGGUCAAAAAUGUCAAUCUAGUACGGUUGAACCUUUAGACCCAAAAGAACUUGAUUCAGAAGUUGAAACUAAAAUUAAAGAGCAACAUGAUCACGAAGAAGACGAUGAGAAUAAUAAAAAUAUAGACAUAGACGCGGAUGUUGAAGCAAGAGAAGUUGUUAAAAGAGUAAAAGAAUUAUUGUUGGAAAAUAUUAAUCAUAGCAAUGAAUAUAUAGCUCGUCUUCAGGGAGCGCGCAAUAAAUUAUGUAAAGCAAGUAUGCAAAAAGAAACUCUAUGGAAAGAGUUAAAAGCAAGUGCAAGGGAAGAAGACAAUAGAAACAAAAUAUCCAUGAAUAGUAACAAUUCGCCUAAUUCUAUGAAUGCAAAUUCGAAUAUAGUCAACUCUACUUCUUCUAAUAACAAUAGUACAGUUUAUUAACCUUAAGAAAAAAAAAAGUAAAAGAAUAAAAAAAAA